AUGGCGGCCUCCUUGCGUCUGGGUCGUCAAGGAAUUUUAUUUGGUCUCAGAUUAUCUCAUUUUAAUAAAUGUUUGUGGGCCACAAACCCAUGGCAGGAGCAAGUCAGAUGCUUCUUUCAGUCACCCUGGUUUCUCGGUGUCAGCCCACUCAAAGUGCAAAUGCCCGCUCUCUCCCCCACCAUGGAGGAGGGAAACAUAGUCAAAUGGCUGAAGAAGGAAGGUGAGGCAGUGGCAGCAGGCGAUGCCCUCUGUGAGAUUGAGACUGACAAGGCUGUCGUUACCAUGGAAUCUAAUGAUGACGGCAUCUUGGCAAAGAUCUUGAUGGAGGAGGGCAGUCGCAACGUGUCCCUGGGCACUCUCAUUGCCCUCAUGGUGGAGGAAGGGCAGGACUGGAAGCAGGUUGAGAUCCCCCCUCCAGAUGCCGCAGCUCCAUCUGCAGCUCUAGCUGCCCCAGUUGUACCCCCUGCUGCUCCCUCUCCACCUCCUCCGCCAAAACCAGCCACGUCAGGACCCCUACGUCUGAGUCCAGCAGCAAGACACAUCCUGGACACCCAUGGUGUAGACCCAAAACUGGCCACACCCACUGGACCAAGAGGACUUAUCACCAAGGAAGAUGCAUUAAAUCUUUUGAAGACGUCUCCUGCCCCCAAAGCAACACCAGCCAUGGCUGCUCCCGCUGCCCCGAGUCCUGCCCCCACCCCGGCAGCUACCCCUCCACCCCCAGGCAGCAGACCCAAUAUACCUCCUCUCUCUGUACCAGGAAAGCCGGGAGCAGCAGGCACUUUCAUAGAGAUCCCAGCCUCAAAUGUCCGCCGUGUGAUUGCUCAAAGACUAACGCAAUCGAAGACCACCAUCCCACAUGCUUAUGCCUCCGUUGACUGUGACGUGGCUGCUGUCAUGCAGCUCCGCAAAGACUUGGCCAAAGAACAGAUCAAAGUGUCUGUUAAUGAUUUCAUUAUCAAGGCAGCUGCUGUUACACUGAAAGAGAUGCCAGAAGUAAAUGUGACCUGGUCUGGUGAUGGACCCCGUGCACUCAAUUCAAUCCACAUUUCAAUUGCAGUUGCAACUGACAAAGGCCUCAUUACCCCCAUCAUCAAGGAUGCUGCAAACAAAGGAGUCCAGGAGAUUUCAGCUAAUGCUAAGGCAUUGGCCCAGAAGGCUCGAGAUGGGAAACUCCUGCCUGAGGAAUACCAGGGAGGCUCAUUCAGUAUAUCUAACCUAGGGAUGUUCGGUAUUAGUGGCUUCAGCGCUGUGAUCAACCCUCCUCAGGCAUGUAUCCUCGCCAUCGGGACGUCCAGGGCUGAGCUGCGACUGGGCGAGGACAACCAGACCCUGCACACCCAGCAACUGAUGACAGUUACACUGUCCAGUGACGGACGGCUAGUAGAUGAUGAAUUAGCCUCACGGUUUCUUGAUAAAUUCCGCGCCAACCUAGAACAACCGCAACGUAUGGCCCUAGCCUGAAAAUUGAAGAGGUAGCUCUAUGAAAGUGAUUAGAAAGACAAAGCAAGGAACACCUGCAUGACAGAGCCUGUCUCGUGCUUUCACAAGCAGAGAUCUCCUAAAAAGCUGAUUCCUGUUGGUGCCUUGAUUAAGGCUUAAAAAGUACCCUUGUACAUAGUGUAAACUUAGGUUUGUGGCGUGCUUCUGACAGAUAAUUAACAGGCUUUGUUAUGGAGGAGUUCAAAUGGGCUUCCGCUUUAGUGGUACAGGAUUCUAGCAGUGGUGCCAAAUAUUACCAAGACAGAAGUGGCAUAGCAGGGUGCAUCCCACAUACUGUAGUAGGGAUGGUUGUUCUAUCACACUAGUUUUGUGUAUAUAUAUAUAAAGUGGUUAUUCCGGUUCAAGUUCUAUUUUUCAGUACCAGUGUAUCUAUUCUGUGUCAUUAAUACACUUGCAAUAGUACGUGGGACUGAAAAACCCCCUAUGUACAUUUGUCAGAGAUAUUUAUUACUGAGCAUCAUUGGUAAUGCGGUGUCAAAAAGGGUAAACCCACAUACCACUUCCUGCUGUUAUGAAACGUCAAACAAAAUUCAAGAACCUAAUUAAUUGUUCAUGUUAAUAUGUUUUAACUUAUUUAAAACAGAUGCUGUGACAUCCCUAAAAAAAACAAAUCUUUCAAGUGUAUACAUAAUUAAUACAAUCAUUUAGGUUUUGGUGUCUUAAGAUGCCAAUAAAACACACUGUUUAACCUUCA